AUGGCUGGCAGACAUCUUGUAGAAGGAGACUGUGGUGGUUCCAAUUCUCUUAUGAAAUUUGGUUCUCAUUUUACACAAGACAGAGCAUUUAAACAGGAUGGCUUUCGCCCUGUUCAACCUAAAACUCUACCAACUUCAUCUGAUCUGGUCAGUGAGUUUCUUUCAAAUCACCAAACCACCAUGGAACCACAAACAUUUCAUAUGGGAAGUUUAUUACAAGAAAUGAGAGAAAUUGAAGAAACAGAAUUAUCUUAUACUCCCCAAAGAGCUCCAGCAAUAGCAGAAAUGGCAGCUGGUGACUGGGCUGAAGAAUACCUUGCUCUUGAUAAACCUAUAGAUAGUAACCCUGAGGUGAUGUUAGAUAGACAGCCAUAUUUACCAACACCAGUGAAAUGGGCAGAGGAAUAUUUAGAACAUACAGAAAAUAGACCAUGGAUAGAGGAACAUAAUCAGAAUAUAUUAGACGAUACCAAAUGGAUUGAUGAAUAUCAUACACAAGCUACCAGAGAUGGUGAUCUUGACAAAACUGCAUCUGAUCUUCUUAGUAAUUUAGAUGAUCCAAAAUUUGCUAAUUCCCAGUUUGCAAAGUUUGUAAAGAAAAUAGAGAAUGGUGAUAUAAUAAUAGAAGAUAAUAAAGUUAUAGAAGUAGAUGAAUCUCAACAAUGGGUUGACCAAUUUACUAGGCAGCAGGAUGGUAAAUCUCUAGUUGAUAAAUGGGAAGAAGAGUUUUCAGAUUUCUCGUCUAAUCAGGGUGCUGAAACAACAGAUAAAGAUUUCUGGGAUCAGUUACAACAACAUUGGCUACAGGCAGACCAAGAUAAUUUAGGUCAUCCAUGGCUGUCAGAUUAUGAACAGACAGAACCCUAUCAAAAUUAUACAUUUGAAACAGAAAACCCUUUACUAGAACACCCUAAUCCAUUUGAAGCUGGUAUGGAAAAGCUACAAGAAGGUGAUAUACCUAAUGCUGUAUUGUUAUUUGAAGCUGCUGUACAGAAAGAUGAAAAUCAUGCCAUGGCAUGGCAAUAUUUAGGCACGACUCAGGCUGAAAAUGAACAGGAACCAGCAGCCAUUGCUGCUCUUAAAAAAUGUGUGGCAUUAGAACCUAGUAAUUUAACUGCACUCAUGGCCCUGGCUGUAAGUUAUACCAAUGAAUCAUUAGGAAGUUAUGCUAGUCAUUUUCUUAAAACAUGGUUACAGAAAAAUCCUAAGUAUACUCAUUUAGUCAAAGAAAAUUUAACAGAUACACCAAUUACUUCAUCAUUUAUGAAUAGUAAAGAAUAUGAUGAUGUUAAAGAAUUAUAUCUACAGGCAGCAAGAUUAUCAUCACAAGGUGAAAUAGAUGCUGAUGUUCAGAGUGGUUUAGGUGUAUUAUUUAAUCUAAGUGGUGAAUAUGAUAAAGCAGUAGAUUGUUUUUCAGCUGCUCUUCAAGUUCGUCCAAAGGAUGCUUUAUUAUGGAAUAAAUUAGGAGCUACAUUAGCUAAUGGUAAUAGAAGUGAAGAUGCUGUAGAUGCUUAUCAUAAUGCCUUACAGUUAUCACCUGGUUUUAUUAGAUCUAGAUAUAAUCUAGGCAUAGCUUGUAUUAAUCUGGGUGCUCAUAGGGAAGCAGUCGAACAUUUUCUCUCAGCGUUAAAUAUGCAACAACAGAGUCGAGGACCGACAGGGGCUCAAGCUGUCAUGUCUAACAACAUCUGGAGUACUUUACGUAUGACUUUAUCCUUAUUGGGUAGACCAGAUCUAUAUGAUGUUUGUGAUAAGAAUGAUUUAUUUAGACUGAAUACAGAGUUCGGGACUGGGUCAACGUGA